AUGCGCUUCUCACAGGUCAUUUCGUCCAUAGCCAUAGCGGCUUCAACCGCUGACGCUGCUCCUCGGGGUUCCAGAUUCUUCCGUUGGUAUGGGAAGAAUGGCGGCGCUCGCAACGAGGACAGUAGCAGUCUCGAGUCUGAGAACCGGGUGCUAGAGCAACUUCGCCACAACUUUCAUCGAGCGAUCAGACAGAAUGGCACCUCCAACUCGACGGUAACAUUGACCACGACACAGACACAGACACAGACUGCCACGCUCGAGUUGUCAGUUUCUGAGUUGACGAAGCCGACUGCGAUGCCAGCUCAGGAGGGAGGGGAUCUGGUUUGCCCCAGUGGCACGCUCUUUGUCUCGACAACUACGAUCGACAUUACGGUCUAUGUCACUGCAACCGCAAGCGACGAGCCUGCUGCAUCUCUGACUGCCAGCAGAGAGCCCAACACAGUCGUCGGCCAGAAGUUCGAGGCGGCAGCCGUCACUUCGACUCUCACCGUCUCCCUCGCCCAGAACUCGGACACAUCGGCCUCAGCUCCCUCCUCCGCAGGACAGGGAGCUGGCUUGAGUCAAGCGACAGCGUCAUCUCUCCCGACCUCAGGCUCUGCCUCGGUUCCGUCCUCCGUCUCCGCUCCCUCUGCUUCCGCUACCAUGGCCAGUCAGAGCAUGUCCGCUCCUACUCUUCAGACCCCGUCUGCGCAGAUCUCUACAUCAGAGCCUCUGGCUACGACGGUGGCGCCAGAGGAGAAUCAGACAAGUUCCACUCCUGCCAAUACGUCCACUACAGAGUCAGCUACAGAGACUUCUACCGCGGUUGAGACUCCUUCUUCAUCCUCUGGUCUCAUGGAGACACCUUCCGCUGCUGGAACUCCGUCUGCUUCCGCUGAUGUUGAGACAUCUUCUUCCGCCGUUGAAAGCCCUUCUACCUCAUCGGCCGAAACUCCCUCAGCCAUUGAGACUCCUUCUCCCGCCAUUGAGACUCUUUCAUCCGCCAUUGAGACUCCUUCUCCCGCCAUUGAGACUCCUUCAGCCGUUGAGACUCCUUCAUCUGCCAUCGAGACUCCUUCAUCUGCUAUCGAGACUCCUUCUCCUGCCAUUGAGACUCCUUCUUCCGCCAUUGAGUCUGCUUCUACCUUACCAGUCGAGACUCCUUCUAGCUCGCCCAUUGAGACACCUUCUUCCUCCCCGAAUAUCGAGACUCCUUCCUCGUCCAUUGAAACUGAGGCCAUUGAAACUCCCUCUGCAUCACCUGAUGUUGCGUCGCCUUCCACUCCUGUGAUAACCCGCUCUUCGUCUUCUGUUGAGACACCUUGUCCUUCUCCCGAUGUUGGAGCCUCCGUUACCACUUCUCCCGUUGAAACCUCAUCGGGGCCCCUCGAGACAUCUUCUUCCCGUCCUACUCUUAUCUGGACCCCCUACUCCAUAGCGCCAUCGCCUACUCCUGCUGAACGUGUUUCAUAUACCUCUUCUAAGACUUCCAAUUUCCCUGCUGCUACUUCAUCCUCUGAUGACGUCGAGGUACCUACAUCAACUCGGAAGCCUGCACCGACUCGGAAGCCUGCGCCUACCGUUGAUAUCGACAUCAACAUCCCCGAGCCUUGCAUCGACCUAGACAUGGCCCCUGUCACCUCCUCCAAGCUCACCGAGACACCCACUAUCCCUCUGCCGGCACCAGUACAGACUGUCGGUGCAGCUGCCCAGACGCCGGGUGCUCCUGAGAAGAGCUCUACCUACUGCGGUGUCAACGGUAAGCCCGCUGGUGUCUACUUCCUGGCCGAGUUCAUCGAGGAGAGAUCCGGCGUUCCCGUCUCUCAAGAGGGAUGCUACCAGUUCUGUGAUAGCGUCAUGGACUCGACCGAGGGCUGCCAGGCCUACCGCUUCUACCACAACAAGCUGGGCGCCCCUCGCUGCGAACUCUACGGCAUGCCCGUCUCCUGGUCCGUCGACGACCUGGACCAAAACGUCGAGGGCAAGUGGUUCGACCUCUCUUGCGGCUCGCCCACCGUCAGGAAGUGGCAGUCUUCAUGA